AUGUUGGCUCUGAAAGAAAAAAUAGACAUCGGCAGAUUUUACCAAGUCACCGCCUUUUUAAAGCAACAUUCCAGAGGAUACGUAGCAAAGAAGUCGAAAGUAUUCACAAGAGAGGAGUUAGAAUAUUUUUUAGAUGCCGCUCCUGAUGAGCAAUAUUUAUUGAUAAAGGUAGUUUUUAUUAUGGGUGUUGCUGGAGGGUGUAGAAUUGGCGAACUGGUGAAUAUGACCGUAGAUGAUGUGGAAGGUCGGGACAGCGUAUUGGUUAUUCAGAUUCCUGAUAUGAAAACCUAUAAGAAAAGAGUUUUCACUUUGGUCAAUGGUAGUAAUAAGGUUGCACUUGAUACAUUCCGCAAGUAUAAGAACUUGAGGCCAAACAAAGUUGAUCACAAGCCACUAUUUCUAAAUUGUAAAAACGAAAAAUGUACUGUCCAGCCUGUAGGUGUGAACUUAUUAUCUAAAAUGCCCGCUACAAUUGCAAAGUAUUUGGGUCUUUCUGAUGCUGAACAAUAUACAGGGCAUAGUUUCAGGCGAUCUUCUGCAACCGUACUCGCAAAUUCUGGGGCAUAUUUGACAGUUUUGAAGAGACAUGGUGGAUGGCGCUCAAGUUCUGUUGCAGAAGGACAUAUUGAGGAUUCAUUACAGAACAAAAUCAGUAUUUCUGAACAAAUACUUGGUGGGGUGACUAAAACUGGAGUUUCUGAUACAGAAGUGGAUAUUCCAGCAGGGCCUGAGAAUUCCACAAACACAUAUGCUAUUACUGAGCGUGUUUCUUUUGAAAGAGGUGCAGGUUAA